UCGAGUUAAGUCGAGUUGAGAAGUCUAACUCGCGUAGUGCAGUCCGUGGCGGCGAUCUAGCCGGUCCGCUUCGUUUCACUCGGUUCUUAUACAUAUUAUACAGUGCGGUGCGGGAAAACUCAUCAGGCAAUUUCAAUUGUCUGGAAGAAGAAGAAUGUCUGAUGUUUGUCGAGCGAUGAAAAAGGAUGUUACCGUAACGACGUAAGAAGGACAAUCACGAAGUAUUCCAUACGGAACGGAAUUCACGAGAAAAGGGAAAAACUUGCAAGACAAAUGAAAAACGAGAUUAAGCGUUAAAGAAAAUCCGUGGACAAUCAAACUACACCCAGGCCCCCGGUCUAUCAGAGUCGAUCCUGUUCUCACGCGAUUGAACGCUCAGAGCCGAUUGGCCGUAACAAAAAGUAUUUGGCCAGUAGCGUAAAGUCUGUGCAAGUAAUACUGAUAGUACGCAAGUCAAAGGGGAGUAACGUAAACGCGAGGAAAUGUAAAGGCAAAAGCGCAGGCGUCGGUAUUGCAGGCAUCGAAUCGUACGACGUCGCCCCUCAACCGACACCGAGGCAACUCAGGCCCACGGCAAGUGCUCGAGAUUAGACGGGGACUUGAGGUUUCUAUUCAGUGGUGGACGAGUCAGUCCCACGAGAACAACAUGGCUACUGCGAGAUUUCGUGUAGCUAUUACAACCACCCAUGAGGACGAGAGUGAUACACCGUUAAAAAACGGAAUAACCUCCCACGGGAAAAGCAUAUCCAAUGGGAAGAUCAACGGUUACUCCAGUUUGCAGAGCAACGGCCACCUGCGGAGAGAGAAACAUGUCGAAAGACUAACGUCCAAGAGUAAAGAAUCCUUUGAACAAGUGCCAUUCAUCACAGCUGCCCUUACUCAUCUGGGAUUCUAUAUCCUGAUGUUCCUGGGAUUUAUUAAUCAGCUGCUAUUCACGCCAAAAGUAGCACAAGAACAGAACAGAAAGGGCUAUGCUCCACUUUAUGAUAAUUUUGAAAGGUUCUAUUUGCGCUAUGUCUAUCGAAGGGUAAGGGAUUGCUGGAACCGACCUAUAUGCUCGGUUCCUGGAGCCAUGGUUACCUUAAAGGAUCGGGUUACGCACGACUAUGGAUGGACCUUUGAGUUUACUGGAACAGAACGCCCUUGUAUAAAUUUGGGCUCGUACAAUUAUUUGGGUUUCGCUGAGUCUACAGGGAUUUGUGCCGAACAGAGUAUCCAAACUCUAGAGAAAUUUGGUUGUGCCAGUUGUAGCACUCGUCUUGAACUAGGAAAUAUGCCAAUUCACGACGAGCUAGAAAGCUUGACUGCUAGAUUUCUUGGAGUAGAGGAUGCCAUUGUUUUUGGGAUGGGUUUUGCCACAAAUGCUCUGAAUUUACCAUCGCUAGUAAGUAAGGGAUGCCUCGUACUGAGUGAUGAGAAGAAUCAUGCGUCACUCAUUCUGGGCCUAAGACUGUCCGGUGCUGUAAUUAGAGUGUUUCACCACAACAAUGUUAAGCAUUUGGAGGAGUGCCUGAAGAAAGCCAUAGUGCAAGGUCAACCUGAUACUGGAAAGCCUUGGAAGAAAAUAGUUAUAGUAGUGGAGGGUAUUUACUCAAUGGAGGGUUCAAUUGUUCACCUUCCAGAAAUUCUUGAAGUCAAGAAAAAAUAUAAGGCCUAUCUUUAUCUAGAUGAGGCACAUAGCACAGGAGCUAUGGGAAAACAUGGACGAGGAGUUUGUGAAUAUUAUGGUGUAGAUCCUCGACAAGUUGACAUACUUAUGGGAACAUUUACUAAAAGUUUUGGCUCAGCUGGUGGUUAUAUAGCCGGUACCAAGGCAUUAAUUAACCAUUUAAGGAUACAUAGCCAUGCUCACACUUACGCCUCGGCUAUGUCACCACCCAUAGCCCAACAAAUUAUCACGUCGAUGAAAAUCAUUAGUGGCGAGGACGGCACCGAUGCUGGUCAAAGGCGUACUAAGCAACUCGCUAGAAAUACUAGGUACUUCAGGCGUCGAUUACAUCAAAUCGGAGUUAUAGCAUACGGACACGAUGACUCCCCGGUUGUGCCCGUGCUGGUAUAUCUCUUCUCAAAAAUUGGUGCCGUAGUUCGUACCUUAACUACGCGUAACAUAGCGACGGUUGGUGUUGGUUUCCCAGCGACGCCACUCAUGGAAGGCAGAAUACGAAUAUGUCUUUCUGCUUCACACACGAAAGAGCAAUUGGAUUACGUAUUAUCAAACAUUGAGGAGAUUUCGGACACACUGGGGCUCAGGUAUUCGCAGAAACCACGCGAUCCAAAUCCAAUAGAAUAUUACUCAGACAGUGAGACCGAAUGACCUAACUUAUAGUCUGAGAAAUUACGCUAGACAAUUGGAUUUUUUAUCGCUCGUUAAGAUAGCCGACAGCUUCGUUAUCGCCAGAGAUGUAGGUAUGAAUUCGUACGUUGUGACAAAACAAUUAAACAAAUUAUAAAGACAUGUCAUAGUAUUAGAGCAAGCACGAAUUAACGCAGAAUCGAUAUUCAUUCGAUACAAGAUCACGCAAAUAUCGAUGAGAAAGAAAUUGCGCGAGUCUCAUGGCGACGAUAUCUUACGAUAUUUCGUGUCUAUAGAUAAUGUUAUUGCGAAUUUUCAUAACAGCAUUUCCACAUAGUCAUCGUAAAAUACCAAAGUCAUUGACAAAAUAUUAUUAAGCGUUCGAGGCAUACUUGGUAUAUCCUUUUUUUUCUUGUGAAUGGAUUCUUUUGCCAUCCUACCGUGAUAAUGUAAUGUACAGCUUUUUCCUGCGAACGUGAAUCUCAACGAGACUGGUAUCGCCUUUGAAAAUUGUAUUUAAAUUACGUCACGCCUUACUCGUACGCACAAUAAGUAAAUCUUACUGAUAUGGUAAAUUCAUUUAAAUUCUUUUUUUCUAAAGGUGAUUAAUAUUGUUGAGAUAAUUACUGCGAUUAACGUUGCCUUGUAGAUACUCUACGUUGUAUAGUACAGCAAGAAACUGUUAGAAAUUGUUGUUACCGUUCUGCAGUAUGUUUUUGUAUUUAGUCGUCACUUAUUAUUUUACUAGUAUCAAUUCGCCUAAUAAUUCUUCAUAUCCAUUCGAUAUUUUGUAUUCUGUUGGUUAUUCUUUCGUUAUUUACUGUAUUGAACUGCUCAAAAACUAAUUGAAAUCUGACAUUCUCACUGUGCUAGCACUAAUUAUCGGCCUUGAACGUUUAGUCCGUCGAAUGAUUUAGUACGGACUUUCUGUGGGUCAGAAAGCCUUAGGAGAACCGAUUGAUAAUCAGGAUUUCUACAAUGCUUACAUACGUCCAUUAUUAAGGAAAUCUGUGGAAUCCCAAUUGAAGUAGCGCAUUGAAUAUAAUUCGGUAAUUUCAUUAAAGUUACAGAAUUGCUUUUCGAUCCUUGAAAAAUAAUACACUCUUGUGUGAUAAAAAUUGCGCGCGACAUAAGUAUUCAUUGAACUAUGAUAAUUUUACAAUUCCUUUUAUUCUUUGCUUAUUCUUAAUAUUCAACUGUUUCGAUUGGUAAUCACUAACUUAAUUUUUUGUAAAAAACAAUGUUGAAAAUAUUGGUUACGGUUUCUUUUUCCAAAGAAGACUUUAGGAUCGCGCAGGUGUCGUGACCUUCAGUCUAAUAUAUUUCCGUUGGUAUAGUUUCCAAUAAUUUCAUUGGACAAUUUCCAGAAGGAAUGUACGUAAAUAAUUAAAGAUUAAGCUACUUUUAGUCGUGAUACAAAUCAUAUCCAGCCUUAAAGUCCGCAUUUAUCGCGUGUUGGGCCAUUUUAACAUUUAAGGAUAGAGACGUCGAUAUAGUGUGUUCUGAUCUAGUAACACGAUUUUAAAAAAAACGUUAACUUUACAAUCUCUUUAUAAUAUUGAUAUAAGUACGCAGUUAA